GUGAAACGGCUUGACACGACGCACGCGGAGUUUAGCGAUCAACAGAGCUGCGCUAACGUUACUUCAGAAACUACUAUACAUGCGCUCCGAUAAAUAAGUUCUUCUGAAACGCUUUUGUUUCAGGACAUCGAUGCAUUUUCGGGAGUGUGAUAUCGUUUCUUCGAGUCGUGACGAGCGUGUGCGUGAUCAGUCCUUGAUCUAUGCAGUUAUUCAAUUCUUGCCAUUUUUUUUCCGUCCAGACCUAUAUAUGCUGCUAAGCGGAUUUUUACAUUUUUAUCUAAAAAUGAAACCAUAAUCGUCUUCAUUGUAGGUUACCGGUGUUGAUGACAUCACGUCAAUAUUAUUUGUUGGUUUGGUGCCACUAGUAGAGUUACCAGGAAUGGCAGCUAUGAAGUGUGCCGGUUGAGAAGCUGUACUGUUGGGGUUGGGGUCAUUUAACAAACUGAUGAAAAAAUGAAUUCCGAUCCAGAGGCCAUUUCUCUUUCUGUACCCUCUCUCUGCCAACCCCUAGACAUGAUGGGAGGGAGUAAUGGAGAAUCCAGUGGCAGCGUGAACCCUGGUGCUGGGACCUUCUGGCAGGACUCCUCCAGCUGUAAGAGUGCCAACACUGGGGUGAUCAGUUUGCCCUCAGACAGUGGGAACUUGUUGACCACGGGUAAAUGUAAGAGCCGAGCCGUGCAAGUGGCCUAUGUGAGGAACUCUGAGACGAGCCAACCUCUCAACCCGGAGAACAUGGCUUUACAGUGUCUGAAGGAUGCUUGUGACAUUGUGGGGUUUAAACUAGACAUAGUCCCCUUUGGGAAGCUGGACUUUGGUGAAACGUCAGUUCUUGAUAAUUUUUACAAUGCAGAUAUUGCAGUGGUUGAAAUGACGGAUGCAUUUCGACAGCCUUCUCUCUUCUAUCACUUGGGUGUGCGAGAGAGUUUCAGCAUGGUCAACAACAUCAUUCUUUACUGUGAUCUCAACUCCGACUCGCUGCACUCUCUUCAGGAGGUGGUAUGUCAGAAGAAUAUGACAUGUACCGCUAACUACACGUUCAUUCCAUACAUGGUGACGCCUCAGAAUAAGGUGUAUUGCUGUGAGAGCAGUCUGAUGAAGGGUUUGAGUGAGCUGAUGCAGCCCAGCUUUGAGGCCCUGCUGGGGCCCAUCUGUAUGCCACUGCUGGACCGACUCACUCAACUGCUCACCAGCUGCAAGACCAACACCUGCCAGUACUUCCGUGAGACGGUUCUGAACGAGAUCCGUAAAGCGCGAGAGCUUUACACCGGAGCAGAGCUAGCGGCUGAGCUCCGACGGAUCCAGCAGCGGCUCGAUAACGUGGAGUGUCUUUCAGCAGAUGUCGUCAUCAAUCUCCUUCUGUCAUAUAGAGAUAUUCAG